UUUCACUUCCACUUUAACUAGUGGGCGGAGUGGACUCCUGUGGACAAAUCAGAUUCUUCUUCAGCCCCAACUUCAAGAGGUGAGCCACGGGUUCAGGGUCCCAGACACCCAGGAGGUAGCGGCGGCAGGAGGUGUGGGGAAGACUAGAGGCCAGAACCAUGGAAGACCAGCGCGACCUUAUCUCCAACCACGAGCAGCUGCCCAUGCUGGGCCAGCGCACCAGAGCCCCGGAGAGCAGCAAGUGCAGCCGAGGAGCCCUGUACACAGGCUUUUCUGUCCUGGUGGCUCUGCUCCUGGCUGGCCAGGCCACCACCGCCUACUUCCUGUACCAGCAGCAGGGCCGGCUGGACAAGCUGACGGUCACCGCGCAGAACCUGCAGCUGGAGAACAUGCGCAUGAAGCUCCCCAAGGCUUCCAAGCCCUUGAACAAGAUGCGGGUAGCCACCCCCAUGCUGAUGCAGGCGAUGCCCCUGCAAGGCCUGCUCCAGGGGCCCAUACAGAACGCCACCAAGUACGGCAACAUGACACAGGACCACGUGAUGCACAUGCUCCUGGAGGCUGACCCUCUGAAGGUGUACCCACAACUGAAGGGGAGCUUCCCAGAGAACCUGAAACACCUUAAGAACACCAUGGGGCCCCUGGAUUGGAAGGUCUUUGAGAACUGGAUGUACCAGUGGCUCUUGUUUGAAAUGAGCAAGGACCCGCUGGAGAAGCACCCCACGGACAUGCCGCUAAAAGUACUGACCAAGUGCCAGGAGGAGGUCAGCCGCGUUCCCGCCAUCCACCCUGGCAUGUUCAGGCCCCAGUGCGACGAGAACGGCAACUAUAAGCCGCUCCAGUGCUAUGGGAGCACCGGCUACUGCUGGUGCGUCUUCCCCAACGGCACCGAGGUCCCCCACACCAGGAGCCACGGGCACCGUAACUGCAGUGAGCCACUGGACUCUGAAGACCUGUCAUCUGGGCUGGGCAUGACCAAGCAGGACCUGGGCCGAGCCAUAUGAACAGCAGACGCAGAUGCCAGCACACAGCCAGCCCUGCGUAGCCACUGCUUCCUUGCUCCCUGCUCUCCUCCAACCCUAGCCCCUCUCCUCCCUCUCACCCUGCUCCCUUGCUCCCACUCUGUGCCUCCUUCCAUGACACCCUGGCACCUGGUUCGCCACCACCCUUGGACACACAUCACGUCGGAGCAGCACAGAUUUAAUGACGUGGGCCCUGCUGCCCAGCCCCCCAUCCCUCCGCAGGGAUGCGCGGCCCAAGGAGGUGGACCGAGAGCGAGGCUGACCCCCAUCUCAGCCUCCAACAUGGAGCCCCACGACCCAGGCCCAUGACCAAGUGGAAAGGUGCAGGGAGAGGGCACGAUGCUCCCCCACACCCAACACAGUUGCUGUCUCUCUUUCGGCCUUGGCUUUGUAGCCUGUUUGGGGGGGAUGAGUCACUCUUCCCCUCUAGCAACACGCACCCAGGAAGAACCAGCCUCUCUAUGACCCCACCGCACUUUCUGCACCCCCACCCAUUCCCUCUGCGCAGCCAAGCUUGUCACCAGCCCCCAGGGCCACAGCUCUGAGAAUAAAAUGUAGUAGGUAGAACA